AUGAGGCACCAAUAUUAUCAGGCACAACCAAUGUAUUAUCAACCACAACCGCAACCUAUAUACAUACAACAAGCGCCGCCACCUCCAAGAAAUGAUUGCUGUUGUUGUUGUUGUAACUGUGGUGACUGCUGUUCAGCCAUUGCAAAUGUUUUGUGUUGUCUUUGUUUAAUCGAUUUAUGCUGUGCCUGUACCGCCGGUAUGUGA